AUGCCCCCCGGUGAACUCCCGGCCAGCCUGGUUGCAGGCAAGCCGACCCCAACGGUGAACACCUCGGGAUACGGAGCCGGUUACCAGAAAAACACACCUACCUCCCCCGAAGACAGCUUGAUCCCGUUCGACUCGCCCACCACGCGCACUGCAGGAAACAGCCCACUCGGCCAGGAUGACCGCACAGGUCGGGGAUUGGAACCAGAGCAACCUGGCUACAGGGAUCGCUCCAACGUCCGCGAUCGAUCGCGCCCCAAUGGUCGACCCAACAAAUCACCAAGCUCAUCACGACUCUGCCAGAAGUGUAAUGAACCGUUGACCGGUCAGUUUGUGAGAGCGCUUGGAGGCACAUUUCACCUGGAAUGCUUCAAAUGCGAGGAUUGUGGCGAGAUUGUCGCGUCCAAGUUCUUCCCAGUCGACUCCGAGGAUGGCAGCUGCCAAUUCCCACUUUGUGAAAAAGACUAUUUCCGCCGCUUGGGUCUCCUUUGCCAUGACUGUGGCGGUGCGCUCCGGGGCUCCUACAUUACAGCUUUGGAUCGCAAAUAUCAUAUUGAGCAUUUUACUUGCUCUGUAUGUCCCACAGUUUUCGGCGCCCAAGAUUCAUAUUACGAGCAUGAAGGCAAGGUCUACUGCCACUUCCACUAUUCCACGCAGUUUGCCCAGCGGUGCCACGGCUGCCAUACUGCCAUUCUCAAACAGUUCGUCGAAAUCUUCCGCAAUGGUCAGAAUCAGCAUUGGCACCCCGAGUGUUACAUGAUUCACAAAUUCUGGAAUGUCCGACUCUCUCCCGCUGGUCAAACUUGGGAACCACCGCCUGUGGAUGUUGACGCUACUCCCGAGGAGCGUGAGCAUAUCCGUCAGGAAGAAGACACAAUGGAGGAGAAGGUCUAUAAUAUCUGGAGCACUCUCUCCACAUUCGAAGAAUCCUCAGCGGCAUGCAUCUCCGACAUGCUCCUCCAUGUCAGCAACGGAGCUUACAUUGAUGGUGUCCUCGUAGCCAAGAGAUUUAUUGCCCAUGUGGAGGUUCUUUUCUCUGCGGUCGAUCAAUUGGCUGUUUUCAUUAAGUCACAAGGGGUCAAGGAUUUAUCAUACGGACGCGAAGCUAAACUUCUCUGCAAAAAAAUUGUCGCAUUCUUUGCUUUGUUGUCGAAGACUCAAGAAACUGGAGUUCAGAAGCUCGGCGUCACCCAAGAGCUGCUUUCCUUGGUUACCGGUCUUGCUCAUUAUCUCAAGCUUCUCAUUCGUAUCGGUCUUCAGGGCGCCCUCAAGCUCGAACGCGAAAAAUCAGCAUCUGAUGGUCUACAUGAUUUCCUGGCGCAUUUGUCGGAUAUCGAAGGACUGGCUCCGCCGGAAGAUGAAAACGAAUCCAUUGAUCUGACCGCUGGAGUUGAGGGUCUGGCCGAUCAGCACUCGGAUUGCUGCAUUUCUUGCAAAGAGCCCAUCGACGACGAAUGCGUUCGGUCUGGAGAUCAGCGAUGGCAUUUGAAGCCACCCCAUCUGUCUUGUUCUUCAUGUGACAAGGACUUGACCGUUACCCUGUCGGAUGCAUUGUGGUGUGCAGAUGAGAAACGUGUUUACUGCUCGUCAUGCGCUCAUCACCAAAACCUGGACUCGAGGGUCCAAGGUGAUUUCAUUGAGGUCUCGAAGUUGCAGCAAUUCGUAUUCCUUCUGAGAGUUGCUCUCGCCCGACUCUUGGCGGUUCUUCGUGCUGGAGGAACGCUCCCACAUACUUCAGAUGAUCCUAAUCUCAAAGACUACGAAAACAAGGAUAGCUUCCGGGUCCAGCCUGGUGAAUUCAGACGCUCUAAUACGCGCUCCCAAUCUCAUAGCGGCGGCAAUCGCGAAAGCAUUCAAGAAUCAUCGCUUGAACAAACUGUUGGUGAAAUGCGUCGUCUGCGUUCCAUCCGAAAUGAGCGGACUUUGUCCACGACGUAUAAGAGGGCGCGCGCGUCUCGAAUCAUCGACGGCCCUGAGGGUCGAAGUGCGACUCGCCCUGGGUCCUCAGGACACGACCGUAGCGACCCUCGUGGUCCAGGCUUUCAGAUCGUUGAAGAGAAAGAUGCCAACGGGGAAAUGGUGAAAGACUUGACGUUUGGAGCUCAAGAUGCUCUUACUCUAGACGACAUACCUCGCAUUGUCGCAGCUGAACAGGCUAAGGAACAACGACCAAAUGCCUAUCGGCAUGCCGGCACCAAGCUGGUGGACUCCCGUGAACCUAUGCUUAGGUACAGAACUGGACAUCAACGUGGUCUAUCCGGAGCAGGAUUGGAUAUGAUUAUGGAGCCCACGAGCCGUACUAAGCGAUACUUCUCUGAGCUGACAGCUUUGGAAUACUUCAUUGUUCGCCAUGUCGCUGUCCUGUCCAUGGAACCGUUGUUGGAAGGCCAAUUCACCAUGGAAGAACUGUUGUCCCUUAUUGAGUCUCGCAAACCGACCAUCUGGAACAUUUUCGGCCGUGCUUUCAAAGAAAAUAAGAAAGCGAGCAAGAAGAAGGGUGUCUUCGGUGUUUCUCUGGACUACUUAGUCGAGAAGGAAGGUACCGAGUCUAGCCACGGUGUUGGUCCUGGAGCUUUGCGCAUUCCGGCCAUUGUGGACGACGCAGUCUCUGCCAUGCGUCAAAUGGAUAUGUCCGUUGAGGGUGUCUUCCGAAAGAAUGGAAACAUCCGCCGACUCAAGGAAAUCUCCGAAUUGAUUGAUACCCGAUAUGAUCAAGUGGACAUGUCCAAGGAGGGCCCUGUACAGAUCGCGGCUCUCCUGAAGAAGUUCCUUCGUGAGAUGCCCGACCCACUCAUGACCUUCAAACUGCACCGCCUCUUCGUUGCGGCGCAAAAGCUGUCCGAUCCCGAGAAACAGAAGCGCGUCCUUCACCUCACCUGCUGCCUCCUACCCAAAGCCCAUCGCGAUACGAUGGAGGUUCUCUUCACCUUCCUUAAUUGGACAUCAUCCUUCUCGCAUGUGGAUGAGGAAUCUGGAAGCAAGAUGGACAUUCACAAUCUCGCGACUGUCAUGACACCGAACAUUCUCUAUCCUAAUACCAAAAACAGUACAGUGGAUGAAAGCUUCCUGGCUAUUGAGGCAGUGAACGCACUCAUUACGUACAACGACACAAUGUGCGAGAUACCGGAGGAUCUGCAAUCCGUCCUGAGCGAUCCGACUCUUUUCAAGGAAAAUACCGAAGUGACAACGAAAGAAAUCUUGAAACGGUACGGCGAUAUUGCUCGGGGAAGCUUCAGACCCGAGAAUGGUGGGGAGACUUUCACCAUUACUCCAUCCAAUCGCAACAACCAAAACACCCCGACCUCGGCAAGGAUCGAGACGGACCCUUCUCAGGAUGCUGCCUGGCAGAUGCAAAGCUCGGUUCGUCAUGUUGCUGGAAAUAGUGCCCACGCUCACUCCGCCAGCGACUUUGGGCCGCCUCAACCGUCUUACCGUCGUGAGCGCAGUACCAGCAAUGGCAGUCAACCAAAUGCGUCCGAUAACCAAGGCCAAAACCAAAAUCUUCCUUACCGACCUCGUCCAAAUGCCGGUGCCAUGGGCGUCACUGGGUAG